UUACUGAUGUAUCUUCGUCAUUGGUUGUCUCGAGUGAAAGGUCGGCUUCAAGAUCAAUGCUUCCUGGUGCAAUGCGAUAUCAUCUCGCUGCAAUAGUCCUUCCUAUAGGAGUGGUAUUUCUAAUCAUGAUGUCAUGUCCUUGGUAUUUCUAAGCAUGAUGUCAAACUCAAACGUGUUUAUCUCGGGUUCUCUUUAUCAUGACUUUGGUUUUAAGUUAUGACCACUAGGUGCUUGUUAGCCUAAUGCUAUGGAGAUUGAUUGAUUACUUUUUUAUUUUUGCUUUUAAAAUUUGACUUUUUUUGCAUUUAAAGCCUGAAUAUAAGUUUCUUGGAAUU